CGUCUGACUCUAGGGGUGUAGUUUAGGGUUUUGGAAGGUGUUGAGACGUGGAGAAAUCUCACUAUGCUUUCCAGUGAGUGUUCAAAGAGGAUACUGAGUAUUUCUUUUGUGUUUUAGGGUGUUUGUUGCAUGCGAUGCCGCCUGAAUGAGGUUUGAUCGGAAGGGCUGAAGAGCAGAAGCAGUCAUGGACGGAGCUUGGGCUGUUAUUCUCAUAUCUCUCGCUAUGUUCGUGGGAUGUUUGGUGCUCGGGAUUAUUCCACUAUUAAUCAAUUUAUCAGAGCAGAAACUGCAGCUGGUUACUGUACUGGGGGCGGGGCUUCUGUGUGGCACUGCUCUAUCAAUCAUCAUCCCAGAGGGGGUGGAGCUAAUCCAGGAGUCAUGGAAAGACCAGUAUUGCUCCGCUAUGGGAGAGAAUCAAAAUAUCUCUGAAAUAAAUUCAACACUUCAUCUUGCCGCAAAGAAGGGUCUGCGUCCUCAGUUCUUCAUUGGAGUCUCUCUCGUCUUGGGCUUUACGCUCAUGUUUGUGGUGGACCAGAUUGCCAACUACUGCUCUAUGCAAGAGCCCCGAGCGCGCAUGUACAGUGGCAACAGUGUUACUGCCACCCUGGGUCUGCUGAUUCACGCCGCAGCUGAUGGUGUUGCUCUGGGUGCAGCUGUGGCCUCAUCACAGGUGUCCGUGCAGGUUGUCGUGUUUUUUGCUGUCAUUUUGCAUAAGGCUCCAGCAGCGUUUGGUCUUGUGUCUUUCCUCAUGCAUGCAGGUCUGGAGAGGAAGACUAUUCAGAAGCAUUUACUGGCAUUUUCUGCUGCUGCGCCGCUGAUGGCUAUCAGCACCUACUUCAUCCUGAGUGCAUCUAAUGGCUCUUCUCAGAAGCGCCUGAGCACUACAGGCAUUGGCAUGCUGUUCUCUGCUGGGACUUUCUUAUAUGUGGCCACGGUUCAUGUUCUGCCAGAAAUCAACAGCAGAGGGCUUCAGCGCUCCACUCACCCUCACCAUCACACAGGAAGCGGAGCCCACCAGCAGCAGAGCGGUCUGAGCAUCACAGAGAGCCUGACUCUCAUCCUGGGGACUGCACUUCCUGUUCUGCUGGCCCUGGGACUGCCAGACGAUUAAUCUGUUAAAACAAUCCAACAAACAAACAAACGAGACAGCGACGUGUAAUAUUGCAUUUUAAAAUGUUUGUAUUUUUAUUAUGACUUGAGAAUGCUCUUUGAGAGUUUUAUGUUUUGUCAUAUGAUGUGUGUUAUCAAAAAAAAAAGAUUAUAUUUGAUAUUCUUAUAUAUCUAGAAUCAAAAUAAGUUUUUCCUUAAAAAUUAAGUAUUUUUUAUCACCUCCAUACAGUUGCAAAACUUAGUGCAAUACCGUGAUCUUUUUCCAAAUAAAUAUAAAAUAUUGUUUAUUUUUUAAAGUUUUGUAUUAAACCAAAAAUGCCUUGUACUGAUAAACCAAUGUUUAUUUUAAGAAUUAAAUUCAAAUCAGUCUGACAUAAAUGCAAAUUGUGAUCUCUGUGGUACGCAACAAUCUAUUAAAAGCCAUAAAAGCUGCUA